CGUAAGCAGUGCCACGUCAGCAGUGCCACGUCAGCAGUGCCCCGCCACCAUGACGGGCUCACUUCUGGGCAUGCCAGGCCAACUGGCAAAUGAAUCCAUUGCCGAAUACCGACAACGGUUCGAAACUCAGCUCGCACUAAUCGCGGCUGAGGAACAACGCCAGCUGGCAAUCAAAGCUGCCCAGCAACAGGCUGACGAAGCGGCAGCAGCAGAGAAGCUCCGGCUACAGGCCGAAGCGGACGCAGAUGCCCAGGCUCGCCGCAAGGAAGCCCAGGACCUGCUGCAGCGGCAUGAAGCAGCCAGCGUGGACAGACUSAAAUUCUGGCACUUUGAACCCAACGGCGACGACGCGACACCGGAAGAGCAGCAUAAGGAGUUUCKCUCCAAACUCGUGACACGRYUGUUGUACACGUGCAACUACCAACAGUCCGAGUUGGAGAAGMAGUACCAGAACYUGACGCAACAGCAUCAGGAGUUGGCGAAGCUCCGCCACACAGUGCAGAGCCACGAGGAUGCAACUCGGGCACUCAAUGCCCGAUUGCUGGACCUGGAACAGGCUGUACCAGGACCAGCUGCUGGGGCUUCCRGCAGUACACCCUCUAGCCGCCAACUGGAGGAACGCGUUGACCACAUAGUGGCAAUGCUCGGCGRGAUCAGCACUUUYGCUGCGCCGACCACCAUCWGCAGUCAGSUGCAUACUUUSAAGACCGAMGUCCAGCAGCUGCAGUCGACGAACGYGGAUGGCAAUCCAAAGAUGUAUAAGAUGCCAACUUUCAAUCURGAGAGGUUCGAKGACUACACGCAGCAGGAUCCGGUCCUCWGGUSGGAAGCAUUCACAAYGCAACUCAGGAUUCUGCCUGUAGCCAAGCAUGCGUACAUYGGCGCCCUGUUCCUGAACUCAAAGGGMGGYUGCCAGACCUGGUUGAGCCACCUGGCAACCUCCCACGRMGUCGACGUACCAGACUUGAAGGACAAAAUCACAUGGCAGGAACUGACACGGCUGUGGAAGAAACGGUUCAUCGUCGACGACGCACSGGCACUCGCCAUCAACCGUCUGUUCACCAUGUCACAGGGCAACACUACAACACGGGACUGGCUCACGGAGUGGCAGAAGAUUGCGGCAGUGCCCAAUCUGGAUCUGCCUUUCACUCAUCUCAGACGCUGGAUUCGGCCUAGCUCAUCGCCAUGCGGUGCUUCUGUUCUCUUCGUCCGGAAGAAGAGCAAGGACCUGCGGUUGUGCAUCGAUUACCGCAAGCUCAACGCGCAGACGAUAAGGAACGCCGACCCUCUGCCACGCAUCGACGACCUUCUCGAGCGAUUGGGCGGCGCCCAGUUCUUCUCUAAGCUGGAUCUCAAGUCAGGGUACCACCAACUCGAGAUUCGCAAGGAGGAUCGCUACAAGACCGCGUUCAAGGCACGGUAUGGGCAUUUCGAAUGGCUGGUCAUGCCGUUUGGCCUUACGAAUGCCCCAACCACUUUCCAAGCAACUAUGACAACGGAGUUCCAACACAUGUUGGAUCGGUUUGUACUCAUCUACCUCGACGACAUCUUGGUGUAUAGUCGGAGUUUGGAUGAGCAUGUGGAACAUCUGCGCACCGGUUUGGAGCGGCUACGACAAGCCAAGUACAAAGCAAACCGCGACAAGUGCGAGUUCGCACAGCAGGAGCUGUAGUACUUGGGACACUAUGUGCCGCCGCAAGGCAUCCGUCCGCUUGCGGACAAGA